AUGGCCACCGACUCAGCGAAUAUUACUGCGUGCGUCAACGCUUUGCGUGAUGUCAUUCCCACAAGCUUUAUUCUCGUAGGCGGCGCUGCCGCCAACAUGCAAGGCCACGACCGAGUCACACAAGAUGUCGACAUUCUGAUCCGCGAUCCAGCAAUCCUACACGAUCUCAAAAAUUUCGGCGGCUUCAAGUUGGUGGAGGGAAAGUUACAUCAUGAAUCGGUUCCAAUUGAUAUUCUGACCACCGUUGUCGAAACGUUCUCAUAUGACGAGGUUAAGCAAGCCGAGGCCUUUGAAUCCAUCCAGGGCAUCCGUUUCCUAAAGCCGGAUUAUGCGCUAGCAGCCAAAGUGAGGUGUUCAUAUCUUCGGCAGGAAGACGAAAACGGGACCAGCAAGCGACAAUCUGAUCUUGAGGACGCAAUCUUCUGGGCUGAAAAGCUUGAGGAGGCUGGCCAGCAAAUUUCUGACGCCUGCGCCGAGCUCCUGCCGGUCAGCUACUAUCAAGUGAUUUUGAUAAGGACGUAUAUGGACCCCGAAGAUUUUCAAAAGCUAGUGCACGCAGGCCUUAGGAAGCUCCUCAUCCCAUGGGAAGAGAACUCGGAAGAGCAACGUGAAUAUUAUUUGUGCUUUGCUGAAGAAUCGACCGAUCCUUUUACGGUGGAGUUUGAAUGA